AUGGAGGAGGACCACAAGAGAAGUCACUGGGCCCUGCUCAACCCGGGAGAGGACAAUGAGCUGAUCCCCGGUGGGGACGCAGUGUUCCAGGUCGUGGGAGCGGGGCCAUUGAGUGCUGGGAUGGCGAAGGCAGCGGCGGGGGUGGCCGGUGCCCGAGCCCGGGAGCCAGGCGUCCGAGCUGGGGCUGGCCAAGGGCGUUUGCUGGAGAAGCCCUCCGGCUUCCGGCGCCCCGGCCCUUCGCGGUGCUCCCCUUUCUGGGCUCCAUCUCAGGAAGUGUUUGGCUACCAGACCCAGACUCUCCGAAGAGCCCUCUGCCUCUUAGGGUCCGUCCUCUCCUGUGGCCUUCUGAUGCUGAUUUUCUACUGGCGUCCACAGUGGAACGUGUGGGCACACUGUGCACCCUGUCCCUUGAAAGAAGCUGACAUUGUUUUGCUUCGGACAACAGAUGAAUUUCAGAAGUACACAAGGAAGAAGGUGAUCUACCUGUACUUGUCAGUGCUGAAGAAUCCCAUCCAUUCGAAGUCAGGAGAUGCCGUUGUUGCCGACCGUCAUUCGGUCAUAAACAGAGCUGUGCUGAAGCCGGAGUUUAAAGUGCGUUGCAUCCAGGUGCAGAAAAUCAGGUACGUUUGGGACAACGUUGAGGAGCGAUUCCAGAAAGUUGGGCUGCUGGAAGACAGUAACUCCUGCUCGGACAUUCACCACACUUUCGGGUCUGGCCUGCAGAAGGAAGAACAAGAGAUCAGGAGGUUGAUUUGUGGACCAAAUGCCAUCGAAGUUGAAAUUCAACCGAUCUGGAAACUGCUUGUUAAACAGGUUUUGAAUCCAUUUUACGUGUUCCAAGCAUUUACCUUGACUCUGUGGCUGUCUCAAGGUUAUAUCGAAUAUUCCGUAGCGAUCAUCAUCCUGACUGUCAUUUCCAUCAUCUUAAGUGUCUACGAUCUCCGGCAGCAAUCAGUGAAUUUACACAACCUUGUGGAGGGGCACAACAAAAUUCAGGUCACAAUCCACACCAGGGAGGAAGGUCUGCAGGAACUUGAGUCCCGUCUCCUGGUGCCUGGAGAUGUCCUUGUUUUGCCAGGGAAGCUUUCCUUGCCAUGUGAUGCUGUCUUGAUUGAUGGAAACUGCAUUGUCAAUGAGGGCAUGCUGACAGGGGAAAGUAUUCCAGUUACGAAGACCCCCUUACCCCAGGUGGAGAGUUCCAUGCCAUGGAAGACUCACAGCCUGGAGGAUUACCGGCGACACGUCCUCUUCUGCGGGACUGAGGUCAUUCAGACCAAGCCGACGGGCCCGGGUCCGGUCAGGGCCGUGGUGCUGCAGACAGGUUUCAACACUGCCAAAGGCGACUUGGUGAGGUCCAUCCUCUACCCGCGGCCCCUCAAUUUCAAACUCUACAGUGACGCCUUCAAGUUUAUCAUCUUCCUUGCUUUCCUGGGUGUCGUAGGCUUCUUCUAUGCCUUCGGUGUAUACAUGUACCAUGGGACUUCUGCGAGAGACACCGUGACGAUGUCGCUGCUCCUUCUCACGGUCUCGGUUCCUCCCGUGCUCCCGGCAGCCUUGACCACCGGGAUCUUUUACGCUCAGAAGAGGCUGAAGAAGAAGAACAUUUUUUGCAUCUCCCCUCAGAGGAUCAACAUGUGCGGCCAGAUCAACCUCGUUUGUUUUGACAAAACAGGCACGCUGACAGAGGAUGGCCUCGACCUGUGGGGGGCCGUCCCCGUGACGGGAAACCGCUUCCAGGCAGUCCACAGCUUCACCUCUGGCAGUGCCCUGCCCUGGGGCCCCCUUUGUGAGGCCAUGGCCAGCUGCCACUCCCUCAUCGUUCUGGACGGGACCAUCCAAGGAGACCCUCUGGACGUCAAGAUGUUUGAAGGCACCAACUGGGUCAUUGAAGAUUCCUCGGUGGAUUACAGUGGCUUUGGAAUACCAGCCUCCAGCGUCAUCAUUAAGCCUGGUCCGGGAGCGAGCCAAACUCCCGUGAAAGCAGUCGCCAUUUUGCAUCAGUUUCCAUUUUCAUCUGGCUUGCAGAGGAUGUCGGUGAUCACUCGACAGAUCGGCAGUGACCACUUUGAUGCAUAUAUGAAGGGAGCCCCAGAGAUGGUGGCCAGUUUCUGUAGACCAGAAACAGUUCCCUCAGAUUUCAAGAAGGAGCUGAAGCUUUACACCAUGCAAGGUUUCCGGGUCAUUGCCUUGGCUCACAAACCUCUAAUGGCAGGGGAGCGUUCCGAGGUGGGCACUUAUGCCAGGGAGGAAGUUGAGUCAGAGUUGACAUUUCUAGGCCUUUUGAUCAUGGAAAACCGCUUGAAAAAGGAGACCAAGCCAGUCUUAAGAGAGCUGAGCAGUGCUCGGAUCCGGACGGUCAUGAUCACAGGGGACAACCUCCAGACCGCCAUCACAGUCGCAAAGAAUUCGGAAAUGAUUCCUCAAGGUAACAAGGUGAUCCUCAUUGAGGCCAAUGAGCCCGAAGGGGUCGCUCCUGCAUCUGUGACCUGGCAGCUGUUAGAGGGCAAAGAGGAAGAGCCCAGAAACAAGGAAACCCGCCUCCACAUCAGAGACCCGGGCCUCCCUGAUGAGGGUCGAGGUGAUGAUUACCACUUCGCCAUGAGUGGGAAAUCCUACCAAGUGAUCGCCCAACACUUCAGUGAUUUGCUUCCCAAAAUUCUGGUGAACGGAGCCAUCUUUGCCAGGAUGUCUCCCGGGCAGAAAUCAAACCUCGUAGAAGAAUUCCAGAAACUAAAUUACUAUGUCGGCAUGUGUGGUGAUGGAGCGAAUGACUGUGGGGCUUUGAAAAUGGCCCAUGCUGGCAUCUCGCUGUCUGAGCAAGAAGCGUCUGUGGCUUCUCCUUUCACCUCCAAAACAGCUAACAUAGAGUGUGUGCCACACCUGAUCAGGGAAGGAAGAGCUGCGUUGGUGUCUUCCUUUGGAGUGUUUAAGUACCUCACCAUGUACGGAAUCAUUCAGUUCAUUGGCACAUCUCUGCUUUACUGGCAGUUACAACUUUUUGGGAACUACCAGUACAUGAUGCAGGAUGUGGCCAUCACCCUGAUGGUCUGUCUAACAAUGAGCUCCACUCAUGCCUACCCAAAGCUGGCUCCGUACCGACCUGCUGGGCAGCUCAUCUCGCCUCCCCUGUUGCUUUCUGUCUUUCUGAACACCUGCUUUUCCGGCAUCGUGCAGAUCUGGGCUUUCCUCUUUGUGAAGCAGCAGCCUUGGUACUGUGAGGUGCAUCGGUACAGGCAGUGCUUCAUGGUCAACCGGAGCGAUUCCUUCUCCAAUGCCAGUGUAGACGGCAACUUGACAAUGGGCAAUGGGACUCUCAUUCCAUAUUCCAUCCUGAGCUUUGAGAGCACCACCCUGUGGCCCAUUGCCACAUUCAACUGCAUCAUGGUCGCCUUCAUCUUCUCAAAGGGGAAACCUUUCCGAAAGCCUGUCUACACCAACUAUCUCUUUUCAUUCCUGCUCAUUUCUGCCCUUGGGGUUACCAUUUUCAUUAUGUUUGCUGACAUUCAAGUGAUAUAUAGUGGAAUGGAGCUCAUCCCAACCAUCAUGACGUGGAGGAUUUCGGUUCUGGUGGCAUCACUCGUCCAGUUCUGUGUGGCAUAUUUUGUGGAGGAUGCUAUCCUUCAAAACCGAGAGCUCUGGCUUCUGAUCAAGAAAGAACGGGGCGUGCACUCUAAGAGUCAGUACAGGAAAUGGCAGAGGAAGCUAGCCCAGGACCCCAGCUGGCCCCCCACGAACAGGACAGAUUACUCGGGAGAAGGCAAAAACGGCUUCUAUAGCAAUCCUGCCUAUGAAAACAGUGAGCCCACCCCCAUUCAGAAGGCCACUGAAGUCAUCGGGCACGUCACCGAGCAGCAUUUCUGGACCCGGCUUUGA